AUGGGAUCGGGUAAAAAGGAAGCCGCCCGCAAGGUGCGGCAGGGCAAAACGGGCGAUGGCAUGGGCAACGUCAAGACGAAGGGCGAGAACUUCUACCGAAGCGCGAAAAAAGUCAAGACGCUCAACAUGUUCAAGGAGGGCAGAGCCACGCGCAAUGCCAAGGGAGAAAUCACACAAACCGCAUCAUUUCAGAGCUGGGACAAGCCAAGCGCGCGCGUCGAGCCGAACAGAAAAUGGUUUACAAACACUCGGGUCAUCUCGCAAGACGCCCUUGACAAGUUCCGCGGGGCUGUGGAGGCGCAGAGCAAAGACCCAUAUAGCUAUCUUCUCAAGCAGAACAAGCUUCCUAUGAGCCUGAUCACCGACAACAAAGACAAGGAGCGGAAAGACGGCCUGAUACAGCACAAGGCCAAGAUCCGGAUUGAGAGCGAAAAGUUUGGAGACACAUUUGGACCCAAAGCGCAACGGAAACGACCGCGACUGGCAGUGUCGAAUAUUGAGGAUCUCGCCAAUGCUUCCGGCAAGGAUUACAGCACAUAUGAGGAACGGUUGGAGGAGGCGCGAUUACUGUCUGGCGCAGGCGACAUCCAGCCAGACACAGGCUUCACUGGCGACGAGGACUACAAGAAUGGCGAACUUACCACGGCACGAGAGCCCGUCUUCUCAAAAGGGCAAAGCAAACGAAUAUGGAAUGAAUUGUACAAAGUCAUUGACAGCUCCGACGUGAUCAUACAUGUCAUCGACUGUCGAGAUCCCGAAGGAACGCGGUGUCGUAGCGUGGAGAAGUACAUGCGGGAAGAGGCACCUCACAAGCACCUGGUGUUUUUGCUGAACAAGUGCGAUCUAGUGCCAACGAGCGUUGCGGCAAAAUGGGUCAAGAUUCUCUCUCGAGAAUACCCUACUCUUGCCUUCCAUGCCAGCAUGACCAACUCAUUCGGCAAAGGCUCCCUCAUCUCCCUUCUCCGCCAGUUCUCGUCUCUCCACAGCUCGAGAAAACAGAUAUCAGUCGGUUUCAUCGGUUACCCCAAUACAGGAAAAUCUUCCAUCAUCAACACACUCCGCAAGAAGAAAGUAUGCACAACAGCACCCAUACCCGGAGAGACAAAGGUAUGGCAAUACAUCACUUUGAUGAAACGCAUCUACCUCAUCGACUGUCCUGGCAUCGUUCCACCAAGUAUCACAGACACGCCCGAAGACAUCCUCCUUCGAGGUGUGGUCAGAGUGGAGAAUGUGGAGAAUCCAGCACAAUAUAUGCCUGCUGUCCUUGCAAAAUGCAAACGCCAUCACCUCGAACGGACAUACCAAAUCAGUAAAUGGAACGAUGAUGAUGGACUGAAACCAUUCGAAGACAAAGAUGAAAAGGAACGCUUGACGGAAUCAAUCAAUUUCUUGGAAAUGUUAGCCAGGAAAGGCGGGCGACUGCUCAAAGGUGGUGAGGCGGACAUGGAUGGUGUGGCGAAAAUGGUAUUGAACGAUUUCUUGAGGGGGAAGAUUCCUUGGUUUUCUGCUCCGCCUAAGCAGGCAGGAGAGGAACUGUUGGAAUCCACCAAAGAAGGGAGUAGAGAUGAAAAGUUAGGGCUGACGCACAAGAGAAAGAGGGACCUGCAGGACGACGGCUCGGUCGCAACCAGUGCUGCUGAGGGAAAAGAAGAAGAAGAAGAGGAAGAAGAAGGCGAGGACGACGAUGAUGUCGACGAUACCUUCACGGGCUUCGACGAAGACGGGGAGGAAGAUGAAAGUGGUAUACCCAUUGCUUCUGGCCAAGGUGAUAGCGCAGACGAUGACAGUGCAGAGGAGGAAGAUGAAGCAGAUGCUUCCCCGUGACGAUCAUGAUACCCCCC